AUGCGACACCUCCUGACUGUUCUCCGCCACCGUCAUUCCGGCAAUAACUUCUAUCUCAUCCAGCGGGCAUACUACAAGCCACAAAAGACCCAACCGCCGCCGGCCCCACCAUCACCUCCAAAACCACCUAAGAAACCGACGAAGGUUUCCCUCCACGGUGAGACAUGGGAGGACAAUUAUGGCUGGAUGUCACAACUAAAUGAUAAAGUGGCCAUGCGGCAUAUGGACGUGUACAUGGAGCAAGAAGAGAAGUACGCCGAGGCUGUCAUGUCCGAUACCGAACGCCUUCAGUCCAAACUCCAGUCUGAAAUGGCUUCUCGCUUUCCAUUUGAACUCUCAACUCCUCCAGUUCGCUGGGGACCAUGGUUGUAUUACAGGCGUGCGGAAGAGGGGAAGCAGUAUCCGGUACUGUGCCGAAGAUUAGCAAGCUUACAUGAAGAAUUUAUAUCUCAUAAGUCCGCAUCAGCUGGUUUUGAUUUCACUUCUGGCAAAAGAAUUGAGCAGAAGUUGCUGGACUAUAACCAAGAAGCUGAAAGAUUUGGGGGUUAUGCAUAUGAGGAAUUGUCUGAAGUAUCACCUGAUCAUCGCUAUCUUGCAUAUACUAUGUAUGAUAAGGACAACGAUUACUUCAAACUAUCAGUCAGGGACUUGAAUUUUGGUUCCCUGUGUAACAAACCUCAAGCAGAAUGCGUUUCAAAUGUGGCUUGGGCUAAACAUGGACAAGCUUUGCUUUAUGUUGUAACUAAUCAGGAUAAGAGGCCUUACAGGAUAUACUGUAGCAUGAUUGGAACAAAUGAAGAUGAUAUUUUACUUCACGAGGAACCUGAAGAAAAUGUUUACGUAAAUAUAAGACACACCAAAGAUUUCCAGUUUGUAGCUGUAAAUACAUUUUCAACCACAUACUCAAAGGUUUUCCUGAUAAAUGCAGCUGAUCCCCUAUCUGGGAUGACGCUAGUCUGGGAGUGUGAGGCCAAAGCCCACUGCAUAGUUGAGCAUCAUCAAGGGUACCUUUACCUUUUUACUGACGCAGCCAAAGCGGGUCAACUUGUUGAUAACCACUAUCUCCUCCGUAGUCUUGUCAAAUCUCCACCAGGUCCAAGAAGAUGGGAGAAUGUUUUUGUUGAAGGGCAAGGGUUGAUUAUUGAAGAUGUUGAUUUCAGUAACUCACAUGUCGUUCUCAUCUUGAGGAAUGAUCGAAAACUUCAGCUCUGUUCUGUUUCCUUACCUCUACCCGUAGGCAAGGGAUCCUUUUAUCUCAAGGAUGUUAAUCCACAAUUUUUGUCCCUUCCAACUCACGUUUCACAAAUAUCGCCGGGGCCAAAUUAUGAUUUCUCUUCAUCAACGAUGCGCUUUACAAUAUCCUCACCUGUGAUGGCUGAUGCCACAGUUGAUUAUAAUUUGUCAAACGGCAAGUGGAACAUAGUACAACAGCAGAAUCUGCUUCAAGAAAGAACAAGAGUGUUGUAUGGUAGUGCAUCAACCGGAAGUUUGGGUGAAAACUUCACUGUUUCCAGGAAUUCUGAUCUUGAUCAAGUCAAUGCUGAUAAUGAUCAAACGUGGAACGAGCUUAUCGAAUACUAUGCUUGCGAGUAUCAUGGUGUUCCAUCGCAUGAUGGGGUUGUGGUGCCUUUGACCAUAGUAUAUUCCCGGCAUCGAAAAAAAGAGUCACAGAGUCCUGGAUUACUUCAUGGGCACGGAGCAUAUGGAGAGAUACUUGACAAAAGGUGGCGAAGCGAGUUAAAAAGCCUUCUUGAUCGUGGUUGGGUGCUUGCAUAUGCUGAUGUUAGAGGUGGUGGAGGCUAUGGCAGAAAAUGGCACCAAGAUGGCCAGCGCACAAAAAAGAUGAACUCGAUCAAUGAUUAUAUCAACUGUGCAAAAUUUUUGGUGGGGAGUAAGAUUGUUGAAGAGAACAAGCUUUGUGGCUGGGGACAAAGUGCUGGAGGAUUGUUGGUAGCUGCUGCUAUGAAUUCUUGUCCUGACUUGUUCCGUGCUGCAGUUUUAAAGGUUCCAUUUUUGGAUCCAACUCAUACGCUCAUGUCUCCCAUUCUACCACUUUUGGCUGUUGACUAUGAAGAAUUUGGGUAUCCUGGCGACAUUGAAGAUUUUCAGGCUAUACGUGCAUAUUCUCCUUAUGACAACAUAAGAAAGGGUGUCCUUUACCCCUCAGUUAUGGUAACCUCAUCAUUCAAUACAAGGUUUGGAGUUUGGGAAGCAGCAAAAUGGGCUGCGCUGGUGCGUGAGUACUCUGUAUAUGAUCCUAAACGUCCAGUAAUGCUCAAUUUAACGACAGAUAUUGUUGAGGAGAAUAGAUACUUGCAUUGCAAGGAGGCGGCAUUAGAAGCUGCUUUCCUUUUGAAGAUGACGGAUCUUGAGGAAUGA